UGUACUUGCCCACACCAUUGAAGUUGUUGGUCCCUUUGCUCCCUGACACCAAACCACUGGGACUAUUUUACACUUUACUCUACUUCUACUUUUACUCAUCUGCACUCUGUAUCAUGGAGUUUCAGAGUGUGAAGGAAAACUGUUGUGGUCAGAGUGGGAAGAUCCUGUGAGGAGGCUGACAACGUGGUUUCACUAUCUGAGACUGAAGGCACAGAACUAUUUGCCAUCCACCUUUCACCAUGAGCUCCUGGGUGGUAAACAGAAAAGGAGAGCCUCAAUACCGCCGGCACUUCCUCACAGACAACAGCAUCUUCCAGGUGGAGCGAUGCAUGAGUGUGAUGCAGUCCGGGACACAGAUGGUGAAGCUGAAGGCAGGAUCGAAAGGGCUGGUGAGACUCUUCUACCUGGAUGAGCAUCGGUCCUGCAUCCGCUGGAAGCCCUCACGCAAGAGUGAGAAGGCCAAGAUCACCAUUGAUUCGCUGUACAAAGUGACAGAGGGUGGUCAAUCAGACAUCUUCCAUCGGCAUGCAGACAGCAGCUUUGACCCAGCCUGCUGCUUCACAGUGUACCAUGGCAACCACAUGGAGUCCCUUGACUUGGUGACGUCCAAUGCAGAAGAAGCCAGAACCUGGAUAACGGGCCUCGGCUACCUGAUGGCUGGGAUCAGUGAUGAGGACUCACUGGCCAAACGGCAGCGGACACACAACCAGUGGAUGAAGCAGACAUUUGAGGAGGCGGACAAAAACGGAGACGGUCUCCUAAACAUCGAGGAGAUUUACCAACUUCUGCACAAGCUGAAUGUCAAUCUUCCUCGCAGGAAGGUCAAGCAAAUGUUUCAGGAGGCAGACACAGAUGACCAGCAGGGCACGCUGACGUACGAGGAGUUCUCUGUCUUCUACAAGAUGAUGUCUCUGAGACGGGACCUGUUCCUGCUGAUGAUGGCGUACAGCGACAGGAAGGACCACCUGACAGCAGAGGAGCUGGCAAACUUCCUGCGCAACGAGCAGAAGAUAGCCAGUGUGACUCCAGAGUAUGUUGCUGAAAUCGUGGACAAGUUUGAGAUGUCUGACGAGAAUAAACAAAGAGGUGUUAUGGGGAUUGAAGGUUUCACGAGUUUCAUGCGCAGUCCAACGUGUGACAUUUUCAACCCUUUGCACCACGAGGUGAAUCAAGACAUGGAGCAGCCGCUCUGUAACUACUUCAUCGCCUCCUCUCAUAACACCUACCUGACCGGUGACCAGCUUCUCUCUCACUCUAAGACGGACAUGUACGCCUGGGUGCUGCAGUCCGGCUGCCGUUGCGUAGAGGUGGACUGUUGGGAUGGUCCUGAUGGAGAGCCAGUGGUCCAACACGGCUACACUCUGACCUCCAAGAUACCGUUCAAAUCUGUCAUAGAGACCAUCAAUAAAUAUGCCUUCAUAAAUAACCAGUACCCGGUGAUUCUGUCCAUAGAGAACCACUGUAGCAUCCAUCAGCAGAAGAAAAUUGCUCAGUACCUGCGAGAAAUCUUUGGAGACAAACUUGACGUGGGACACGCGCUGAGCAGAGACUCCAAAACAUUACCCAGUCCUCUCAGCCUGCAGGGCAAGAUACUCAUCAAAGGAAAACGUCUGCCUUCCUAUCUGUCUGCCGACGCAGAGGAAGGGGAAGUAUCGGAUGAUGACAGCGCUGAUGAAAUUGAGGAUGACUUCAAGCUCAAGAAUGGAAACGGUCACCACCAGGUGGAGUCUCACAUCAGGAAGAAACUGGACUCUCUAUUGAAGGAGUCUCGCAUCGGAGACAAGGAAGACACCGACAGCUUCAGCAUCCGAGCCCUGCUGCGAGCCACGCACCAGGGCCUCCAAAAAAACCUGCGGCAGAGCUCCAGAGGGGUUCUGAAGAAAUCCCAAAGCAGAUCCUUCAUCACGACUCUCAAACAGAAGAGGCACUCCAAAUCCAGGCUGUCAUGCCAAAGCGUGGAGAAGGAUGAGGAUGGUCAGGAGACAUCUGGGCGGGAGGCUGGAGGACAGUUCAACAGGGGUGGAAGGAAGAGGAAGACAAUGAAACUGAGCAGAGAUCUGUCGAACCUGGUGGUGUUCACCAACUCCGUCGCCUCACAAGAGUGCCUCAAUGAAGGUACUCCAGGUGACGUCCUGUCAUUCAGCGAGACCAGAGCUCAGUCUCUGGUGAAUCACAAAACCGAACAGUUCCUGGCUUUUAACCAGAGGCAGCUGUCACGGAUUUAUCCCUCGGCCUAUCGCAUCGACUCGUCCAAUUUCAACCCGCAGUUCUACUGGAACGUGGGCUGUCAGCUGGUUGCUCUGAACUACCAGACGGAGGGCAGGAUGAUGCAGCUCAACAGAGCCAAAUUCAUGGUGAAUGGAGGCAGUGGCUACGUCCUGAAGCCCCCUCCCAUGUGUAAAGGCUCCUUCAACCCAUUCAGUGAUGACCCACUUCCAGCUUACCCCAAGAAGCAGCUCAUUCUCAAGAUCAUUAGUGGACAGCAGUUGCCCAAGCCACCAGACUCCAUGCUGGGGGACCGUGGCGAGAUUAUCGAUCCAUUUGUGGAAGUGGAGAUCAUUGGGCUUCCAGUCGACUGCUGCAAGGAACAGACACGAGUUGUUGAUGACAAUGGUUUCAACCCAGUGUGGGAGGAGACUCUGUCCUUCACGCUCCACAUGGCGGAAGUGGCUUUGGUGCGUUUCCUCGUCUGGGACCACGACCCCAUUGGACGAGAUUUUAUUGGUCAACGGACUGUUGCCUUCAGCAGCCUGAUGACUGGUUACAGACAUGUUUACUUGGAGGGGCUGACCGAGGCGUCCAUCUUUGUGCAUGUGUCAGUGCAUGAUGUCUAUGGGAAGGGUCAUCAGCUGCGAGGUAUCCGGGGUUUGUUUAACCGUUCUUCCAAGUCCUCUGUGGAUACAAACUCUGGCGGACUUCGUAAACGCUCCCUUAGCGAUCACCUCUUGCGGCGCACGGCCAGUGCCCCUGCGAAGGGACGGAAGAAGACCAAGAUGUUGCUAUCAGAGUCUGUGGCAUCAAUAUCAGAGCAUAAGAAUGGCAUGGGGGCAGGGAUCGGAGGAGAGGGCAUGUCAGGGAAGGAGGGAGGGGUGGAGAAGCGUCUCCAACCCAGACCCCCGCUUAUCCACAGGCCGAUUUCCAUGCCCUUAGAAAGGCUUCUGCAAGGACAGCUGUCCCUCUGCUCCCCAGACAAGGAACAGCACGAUAUGGGUGCAGACACUAUCAUAGGAGCUUGUCUCCUUAACAGGCCCAGGUCGUCCUCUGUCAACCUCAUCGAAUCAUCGCUUUCUUUCGAACCAAGCAUCGCAUCCCCUUCCAAGAUGUACAGAAAUAAAGGAUUCGACCAAUCAGCAGAGGCCUCUUAUCUGGUUAUUGGUGGAGGAGACGUAAGAAAGGAAGAUGACUAUGUCAAUUACCCAUCAGAAGACAAUGAAAUCAACAAAUCAAAGACCUUCUCCGCAGGAACAGAGAAAAACUGUUUGGUCUCAUCUUCCACGAACAACAAGAUGGGACUAGAAACAUCAUCAAACAGCACAACAUUCACUGUUGCACCUUCAGUCUCCUCAUCCUCCUCCUCUGCCCCGUCCUCUAUGGCCCCUCUUUCUCCUGUUGGUAUGGACUGUGAUCUAAAGAGUCCUACCUCUUUGCAUGACAGCAUCUCCAGACUCAUUGAUGCUGUGUCCUUGGGCAAUGAGCAAGACACUUGCGGCUCUAUUUCUGCUCUGAUAGGUCAAUUUGAAAGCACCGUUGACCAAAACGAUUUCACAACAUUAUCCCAUGAUCACACUCCUUCCCGUCACUCAAACUUCAGGCCUACCACCCCAAAAGCGCUGCAAGAUUUAAGGCCUCCUCUAAAGACUACCACAGCCUCUCUUAACAAGAAACAUCUGACAAGUACCCAUCAAGCAGCUCAAAAAACAAAUCAUGUAAACCACCAAAUACUUUCAUCGACUCAGACAAAUACAUCUACUCCAGUCCUCUUCUCCAGCCCAGAAACCGCUGAGCUCGAGGAGGUGUACACCAUUCUGGACGAGGAGGUACUUUUGCCUGUAUCAGUGCACAACCUGAGGAAACAGACGGUCCGUUUUCAGGCAGACACUGUGGUGAACACGUCUUUAAAUAGCUUGGGGACCUCUCCGGUAAAAGUGGUUCAGGGGUUGGGGAAAGGGCACAAUGUGGGUUGGGAGGAUAUGCACAGGAAACAGAAUGGAUGUGACGACACUGAGGAGUCAGAGGAGAGAAUAUACGAGGAAGUGAAUGAUCUCCCUGUACCUGGUAUAGAACGGGAUACUUCCCAAAGGUACAUGAGCACUCCUGUUAACGACUCUUUCCAGAUUCAUCGUGACACAGCAAGAAAUACUUUUGCGGAAGUAGAAAUUAAUGUCGAUGAAGAUCCACUGGAUAUAAAGCUGACUUCACCUAGACAUGGCAGCCAAUGGGAGGGGCUCAUGAGUCCAACCAAACGCCAUGCUAUCUACCAAAACCACGAGUCCAUUCCCAACUACUCCCAACAAAAACAGCCUUCGUCAUAUUCUGAUCCUCAACUACAGUAUCCCUCAUAUCCACCUCAUGGAGCAUUUACACACGCUCCCUCCCCAAUCAAUCGACCUUCGUAUCAGUUAUCCGAUCAUCACCGACACCAGAACAACUCCCAGCCUUUAACUUUCCACAGACCUGUCAACUCCAGACCCUCCAACCCUAGUCAGCAGUGUCAGAAUGGCUACUCCAUUCCUCAGGGCAAUUCUUCAGCCCCUAACAACAGCAGAGACUUUAGUUCCUACAAACAACAGAGGAGCUACAGUGGCAGCCAGCUCCUAAACAGGCCUCAGCAAAACAGUCCAGGCUACAACCAGAUGGAGAGGGAGCAAAUGAGGGGUUUCCAGAAUGGUUUCUCCUCAUCUGAAAGCCUGCAUGGCCAAUCUGCUGUGUCCACAAACAUCUGUAGAGACAGAGGACUACCUACUCCUUCUUCAGAUUGCAAUGCAAUAUACAGCCACCUGGAGUAUGACUCCAUCACGCCCUCAUCAGAGUCCUCAGCUCCUCAGAACUCUCAGCCACACAGUCAAAGUCAAACACAACCACACACUCUGCAGUCAUGGAAACAAAAUGUUACUGUGAACAGUUACCAAUCGCAGCCUGAAACCAGAGUUUCAAAUUCAAGGCUUUUAUCAACUCGUUCCCAGUCUGUUCCCAUUGACUCCACAGCCCCCAGCCAAUGUAAGUCCAAGUCUUUGGGAGACCUGACCUCGGAGGACAUAUCAUGCAACUUCCAGAGCAAAUAUCACAUUAUUAGUCGCAGUUUCAUCACUCCACACAUGAGGAAGCAGAGGAGAAUGGGCACCAUGGGGGACGCAACUUUCCAAUUGCAGUCGAGUGAUCCACUCACGGAGCAGCUACGUAAGCUGGUCAGUUUGGAGGCAGAUGACAGUGACAGGGAGAGGCCCCAGUCUCCUCAGCAGCAUUAUGAAGCAAAAUCCCAAUCCCAGUCAGUACCCCCACAGCCCCAGUCAACAAGUAUAGCUCCUGUGGUUCCCAGGGACACAGAUGACUCCCCUCCACCCCUUACCCGUCGCCUAUCUUCUCGGAGCCAGAGCAGAGUGCGUCACAUCAACAACCGUGCACGUGAAAGACAGCAAGAGUCUCUCAAGCCUCGGCCAGGUGUGGUAAUCAAUAGUACCACUAGCAUUGGUGGGGUGGUGUUUAGGAAUAAACCAGCCUCACAGAAUCCACCAGCUAACAGACACUCCACUGGUUCUUACAUAGUUGGCUACCUUGAUCAGCUGGAGGACAGGGGACUUCCCGAGGGUGCUUGCACAUCAUUACGUUAUGGAAAUGGGGAUCAUUAUGGAGAUCGGUACCACACAGAUGACUCUCUUCCAAAUGCAAACUCCUCACACUCUGCGUCAGAGCCCGAGGUCUACUUUCUACUCAGACUGUAGCUCUGAUCUUAACAUAAAAUGAGAUUAAGAAUCGAGCACUGAUUUUUUUGAUGAUGUUCAGUUACACCAAAAGCCAGAGGAUGAAGGAAAAUACAUGCUCGCCAUUAUGUGUUCCCAUGUUCACAGAGCAGAGAUUGCCUGUACAAUAUCAAUGAAUCAUCUCAUAUAAUCCAUGGUUGGAUCUGACAGCAUGAACUUUGUGUAUGAAAUGUCCACUAUUCAAUAGUGAAUGGUCUUUCUAGUCUGGGAGUGUAUUGUCUAUAUUAUACUUAAUGUGUAAAUGUACCUGGGAACUUUGAUUCCCUCCAAAUGGCUUCCUAGACUGAUUGUACAGAUACUUGUUACUUCGUCCCUGUGAUGUACUGUCCAAACUGCGUACACUGACUACAAAGCAAAAAAAAGGAUUGGGUUUUCAGCAGAGAGGGAAUGUCUUUCCUUGUAUCAUUUGAAUGUGUAGUAUAAUCGAACAGCUAGUUUUAAUAGAUGGGAUUCAUCUUUUCAAAAAAUUUAUGUAAGUCUUCCUUCUGUUUCAGUGGUAUUUUCUUUAUUUGUGUCGUAUGAAUAUUCCUGUCAUUGUUUCUAAUCCGCGGUGGAUUUUAGUCAAGUCUAACUGUACAUUUAUGUUUGUGCAUGUUACUUGUGAACAUGUCAAGCAUGACUAUGCACCAGUUUAUACAAUAGAUGUUUCAUCGCUCAACAUUUGCACAGAACAAAUAGUUGCGUUGAACACAACCGAGGACACAGGCUUGUUUGUAAUGGGUGCAAUACAGUACAUAAACACUUCCACGCUUGGACUUGUUGCUCUCUUUGAUCUGUAGAAUUUCAAGACAUGAUUGCAAAGUUUUAAAGAUUUGGAGUUUAAAGGUUUUUAUUUUUAUAAUUACUUUGAUACAGACAGCAAAAAGAAUCUCAUGUUGGUUCUGUUGUUGUGGUUUUAUUUUGUAUAACUUAAUGAAAUGGAAAAAAACAGAGUGAAGACCAGACUGAGGAGGGGAGGGUGGCGGAGCUGCAGUUUAUUUCUUUUUUAUUAUCUUUCAGUGUUACAGCAUUCUUCUUUUCUUUGUAUCGUUGCUCAUUGGAGGACUGUGAGCAUUUUCCUACAGAUGCAAUAAACUAUUGAAAUGUUUGAUUUCAA